AUAGAUCAAAACCAUGGCACAAAACGUUUUCAUUCAACGAGGUUAGACGCCUUUGUUUCCAAAAAGUUUUCGUUCAGAUCAGAAUCAGACAUGGACAGCGACGACGAUUUCGAUCAAUUGCCUUCUCCCAUUCACGAACGAAAGCUCAAGCGUUUGAAGAAGGCAACUAGGGUUUCCGAAAACCCUCCCCCUUCCUCUUCCCCCAUCAAUUUAUCUGAAUUUGCAAACAACUCAGAGUUAGAGGAAUCAAACAAAGGAUCUAUCCUCGAUCUCGAAAGUUUCGGUGAUAAAAUCGUCACCGACACCGUCGAGGAAGAUGAUUCAACUGCGAAGAGGGUUUUGGAGUUUGAUUCUGUGAGCGAUGAACUUGACGAAAAGUUUACAGAGAAGACACCUGAAGAAUUUAUAGAUCUAAAUACCGAAGAAUUAGAAACAAAGCAAAAUCCUGUAGAUGAUGUUACAGAGAAGAAAGAGAAUGCGAAGAAUAAGAAGAAGAAGAAGAAUAAGAGAAUCGACGAUGGUGACGGCAGUGAGAAGAAACUUAAAGAAUCUAUCUCCAAUAAAAGAAAAGCCGAGAAGGAAAGACUUGAAAAUCUUAAACAGCUUCGAGCUGAAUCUCAGAGACUUCUUCGAGAAACUAGAGAUGCUUCAUUUAAACCUGUUCCCCUGGUUCAGAAGCCAAUUUCGUCUAUAUUGGAUAAAAUUCGUCGGAGAAAGUUAGAGUUCUUGAAGAAAUCAAAUGUUACUUUUGAUGAUAAUGAUUGUUUUGGUAUGGAUAUUGAUUCCGAGCCUCCCUGUUCAAGUGAGGAUAUAAUUAAUAAGAUUGAAAAACCCGAGCUCGAAGAAACACUGGUUGCAAGUCCUGCAGUCAUCAUGGAGAACAAUUUAAGUGGACCAGAUAUUGGUGGAUCUAACAAUGCUGUAGAUCAUCUGAUCUCUGAAAGUAUUCCUUCUCCUGUGGUUGUGGGUUCUGAAUCUGUACAUGUAUUUCGAGCUCCUGUUGAUGAUACUCAGGAUCUCUUUUCCGAUUCUGAAUUAAGUGAUACUAAAGAAGAGGCUGUAAAAGAGAAGCUGAAUAACCCUUUAGAAGAAGUGUUUGCCCCAUCUGUGCUUUCGAUGAACUUAAAAUUUGAUUCUGCUCCUCUUGAUGAUGAUAUUUCUUCUUCUGACGAUGACAAUGACAAGGAGAACAUACUACCAAAGUUACAUGGAUCAGCUGACUUGACUUUACCUCCAAGCGGUGACCCUGUUAAGGCUUUUGUUGAUGAAGAAGCGGAAGAGGAGGAUGACAGUGACAAUGACCUACAGCGCUUCAAAGAUAAUGAAGAAGGUGAGGAUGAUGAUGAUAUUGAGGAACUUAAUGACAUGAUAGCAACUGGAUAUGAAGAAGAUCCAAUUGAUAGAGAAAAGCGUGAUCAACUCCACCAGCAAUGGCUUGAGCAGCAGGAUACAACUGGGAUGGAUAAUAUACUCCAGAAACUUAAUUGUGGUUCAAGAUUGAAAGAAUCAACAUCAAUUGAAGUUGAAGAGGAAGAUGGAGAAAGCAAAGGAACUGAAAACGAAUCUGAUGAUGAAGUUGAAGACUUCAUUGCUCAAUCUGAUGCUGCGAAGAUUAAUCUGAAAAAGGUGAAGCAGAUGAUCCCGCAGAUGUUUACUGAUAAAGAAGAGGCAUAUGUAUCAUCUGAUGAGGAAACUGAGGAGCAGCUAGCUAAACAGAGCCUCUCUUAUAGAGUUGAGAAGAAAGCUCAUUUCUUUUCCCCGGCUGAAGAUGAAAGCAGCAGGGGAGUAUUCAAUCUCAUAAAGAAAUUAAAUACUGUGCCUGAUCCCAAGAGAAAAGGAAAAACUCCUUCCAUAUUUGAUAUGCCACACAUUGGACAAAACAUAAAUAUAUCAUCAAAGUCAUCUUUUGUUGGUCGAGCUUCAAAUCAUUUUAUGCCUUCUAAAAAGCAUGGAUCAAGCAAGGUUCGAUCAUCAUUUAUAUUUGAGCGAGAGGACAGCAACAGUAAGACUACAGUGUCGAUGUCGGAGGAUUCUUCAGAUACGAUUCAAAGGGAGAGUCAAACACCCAAAGUUGUUUCUGCCAAAUUCCAAAGAAAUACACAGAAAAAGUAUGCCGCUUCAACUCCUGAAUCCCAAGUGUCAAAUGUAUCACUGUUGGAGGUAUUAAGGAGGUCCUCAGUUCAUACAGAUCGUUUUGUCCAGAACACUGGAGUUCAGCAAAAUCAAUCUGUAUUCGAAGCAUUUAAGUUAACGAAGAAGUCCAUUAAGACAGAGGGUAGAGUUUGAUGUGAAAUUUUGGCCUUCAUGUGUUUAAAGUUUAAACCCCUGAUUAUUAUUGUUUAUAAAAAAGAUCAGCAUUUGCUAGUCUUUUCAUACGUUUGGGCUUUGUUGGCCGGUUCCCUUUUCCGGAUACUGCAAUAAUAAUUCAGUAAUAAUAAUGAUCACAGCAUUAAUUAAUAUCAAUACAAAUAGUAGACUGUUCGGAAAA